UCAAGUUGACAAAAGUUUAUUUGUAAGAAUUGCUCUGAUUCAUUGAUAAUUAUCAUAAAAUUAUUUUCCUUGUAUAUUUCUCAUUAAUUCAAAAAUUAGUUUAAUUGUACAUCAUACACAUAUAUCUUUUCUAUGAAGAUAUCAAAAUUAUCAAAUCUAUAAGUAUUAUCGAGGUUAUCUGUGGUCUAUUUCAAGUGCUGUAAGCUGCGAGGCAGACUUUAAUGUUUUAUUACCGCUAAAAAGAAACUUAGCAAUAAAGAUGCCCGCUUAUCAUUCGACUUUGACGGACUACACCCAAUCGGUCGGCAACCUGGCACUCCUUCCGAUACGGACCACAUUCAGAGGCCCAGCACCAACAAAUCCUAAACUGGAACUUGAUAUUAUUGACGAAGCGUUAAAUUAUUUCAAAGCCAAUGUUUUUUUUAGAUUUUACGAGAUUAAGUCUGAUGCUGACCGUGUGCUCAUCUAUUUAACUCUGUACAUCUCUGAGUGUCUGAAGAAGCUGCAGAAAUGCUCCAACAAGAACCAGGGUCAGCAGGAGAUGUACAUGCUGGCCAUUUCUAAGUUCGACAUUCCUGGCGAGUCAGGUUUCCCAUUGAAUUCUGUCUACGCUAAACCCUCUUCUCCCCAAGAAGCUGAUAUAAUGAGACAGUACCUGCAGCAGCUCAGACACGAGACAGGCAAUCGAGUAUGUGAAAAGGUGUUUGCUACAGAAGAUGGCAAGCCAAGCAAGUGGUGGCUGUGCUUUGCCAAAAGGAAAUUCAUGGACAAGUCCUUGUCGGGGCCAGGUCAAUAAAACACCUUUAGUUAUAUAAAUAAACUUUAUUUUCGCUUAACCAAUGUAUUUCUUCUGCAUUUAAUCUUAAGUUUGUACUGGCAACAUUUAUAAUUGUUAACCAUUUCAGCAGUUCAAGAUGAAUAUAAAUUUGUUGUAAAAAAUUAUACACAUAAUUACUUUCUUAUUAAAAGGGUUAAAAAGACCUAUUAAAAUGUAGAUAAUUUUAUAUCCAAGACUCAGUGUAUAUUAAAAUGUAUUAAAAAUAUUUACUAAUAUUGGA